CCGCUAUCCCACAAGGACAACAUGGCCGAAAAGCACGAAAUCUUCGAGGAGGAGACCUCUUCGCAAGAGGAGACUCUCUCUAUUAACGAAGUCGCGCGGGGCGAUACAAUCCCAGAUAAUUACUUUUACAGUCUACCAUUCCUAGGAACGAUGGCUGGACUCUGUCUUGCGCAAAUGUCGGCGUAUAUCUUCCUCAUCCUACCUACCAAUGUUCUGACCUAUAUAAAUGAGGAUAUAGGUCCAGAUAAAAACAUCGCAUGGGUCAAUAUCGGGAGAACUCUUGCUGAAAGUGCCAUGUUUUUGGUGUCGGGCAGAUUGUCUGACUUGUUCGGGAGGCGCUAUUUCUUCAUCGGUGGCAAUGUCGUUUGCUUCAUCGGAGUCAUCGUAGGCUGCACUGCUCAGAAUAUCACAGCUUUGAUUCUCGCGAGCGUGGUCUAUGGCCUCGGAGAAUGCAUUCAGCUCAGCUUCGGUGUCGCAGUCGGAGAGUUGGUUCCAAACAAAUACCGCCCGGCUGUUAUGAGUUUCAUAUUUGCGACAUCAGCCCCAAUUGCCACGUUUGGACCAAAGAUUGCACGAGCAUUCAUUCAGAACCCUUCCUUGGGGUGGAGGUGGACAUAUUACCUCAACCUCAUCACAACCGGCUUGGCUGCCGUUCUUCUGUUCUUCUUCUACCAUCCACCAACCUUUGAGAUGUUACACGAACAUAAGAGCAAGCUUUCGCAGGCCAAAGAAUUGGAUUAUCUCGGCAUGUUCUUGUGGAUCUCUGGCCUCACUUUGUUCUUGAUGGGUCUUUCUUGGGGAGGCGGAUUGUUCCCGUGGAAAUCUGCUGCCGUGAUCAGUACAAUGGUAAUCGGUGUAAUUCUGCUGAUCUCGUUUGGAUUCUGGGAGGCAUUCGGGGGCUCCAAGUACCCUCUCAUGCCCAUGAAAAUGUUUCGAAAUCGAGGCUUUAUCAGCUUGGUAACUUGCGCAACUGUUGCUAGCAUGUUCUACUAUUCAGCCGUUCUUCUGUGGCCACAACAGGUCUCAACAAUGUACACCUCUGAUGUGAAUUAUGCUGGCUGGCUUUCUUGCACUGUUAGCGCCGCCACGGCACUCGGUCAGGUAUGCGCUGGAGGCAUGAUCCGCUACUUUGGUAAUGCUCGAUAUUGGACAAUCAUAUCAGCCUGUGGGAUGGUCUCGUUCGUAUCGGCUCUCGCGUCCCUGACACCGAGUACGAAAAGUAUGGGUAUUGCCUUCACCAUUCUUGGACCAUUCUUCGUUGGCUUUAUCGAGCUCGCUGCUUUGUCUAUGGCCCCACUGUUCUGCCACGCAGAAGACAUUGGCCUUUCGUCUGGUAUGCUGGCAUCGAUCCGAGCAGCUGGUGGAUCAAUCGCCGUCGCUGUGUAUUCUACCAUUUUGACAAACAGGUUGUCUGAAACCAUACCUUCUAUGGUAGGCGGUGCAGCCGUCGCAGCUGGGCUGCCCUCAUCAGAGGUCCCCGCGGUACUAGCAGCGGUAAGCACAGGAAAUUUAGCGGAAGUCCCAGGCAUAACAACUGCCGUCAUCACCGCAGUAGCGGGGUCUGUUCCGUUCGCAUAUGCAGCUGCGUUCAAGACAGUCUACUUAGCGUCCCUGGGGUUCGGAGGUAUCGCCAUUAUUGGGUCUCUGUUUACUAAGAAUCCUAAGAAGCAUCUUACCAACAAGAUCGAGAGGAGGAUGCACGGCAAAACCAUCGGGGGGAAUUUGGAACAUGAUCAUGUUGCUCAGGAGAAAGACGUCGUUUGAGAGUUCCCGUUUUGCUAUAAACAAAGAGUUUCGAGCAUCUUGAAGCAUCGUAUAACUAUGUCUUUAUGAAACGUUGUUCAAGCAAGAACUUGGUCCUCUGGGAAUUUUCAUGGCGCUUUUUCGAACGUGUUCUGUUCCCACGUGCUGCUGACGAACUGAUCAUAAAAAGAGUGAGCUAGAAAGCAUAAGCAAACGGUUACGGUUGGAAUUUAUCGAGAUUGUGAUGAGAAAGUGAAAGUGAGGUUCGGU